GGCCGCCGCAGCCGCCCCGCGCGACGCUCUCGCGAGGUUAGCGCCGCUCGCGUGACGCUGGGGAUGAUGCCAUCAGAGCGCGUCCUCCCCGGAAGAGACGUGGCAACAGGGCCAACUGGCGAAGGCAUCGUCGUCCCCCCUCCCUCCUCCUCCGCCUUCCUUUCCGUCAUGGCCACGCCUCUUCCCCGGAAUCUGUGAGGGGAAUCCGUGAGUAUCGGCGGACCGUCGCGCGGGGCCGGUAAAUAAGGGCUAGGGCGCCGAGGGAUCGCGUCACUCGGACGCCUGGGUUCCUUUCCUGGUGCAGGGCAGGACUCCUGGGUUCCUGGCAGGGCGGGGCUGCAGAGCAGGGCGCCCGGAUCCCCUUCUGAAAGAGGAGCGGCAGUGGGGCGAUCACUGCUCCUGGGUUCUUCGCGGGGCGUGAGCGUCGCUGGAUCCGGGCGGGGCGGCGGCUGGGAUGCUUGGUUGGAAGAGAUGACGAUUGGCAUGUGGGUGGGGGGAGAGAAAAGCUGCUGUGAUUUUUAAACAUCCCAAUCUUGAGGGUGCUUUCGUAGAGAUAUCUCCAGUGCGCCUGGGACUAACUUGGGUAGUACAGUACUGUAUUUGUGUGGGCAGAGUAUUGCUCUCUCCGUGGGCUGAUUCUGGUAUAGCUCCUCCAUAGAGCAGUAACAGUUGCCUGAAAGAUCAGGAAAAUCAACAGGUCUAGCUUUCUCUGCUUUUGCAGCGCCAUGCUCCUCAGUGUUACCUGCUGUGUUUUGGGGUGGGAGAUGGAGGGGAGAGUGCAAAUGUUGUGGGAGCAUUCAGAUGAGGGCAGUGUAGAUUCUGGACUCUGCUAUUGAGGAACGUGCAGGAAUUGGAGCUAAUGAUGAAGACUUGGGUGGAGAUUGUGUUUUGCUAAUCUGGUAUCUAGGUUGGGUUGGAAAGCCUUCAUCCAGGCAAGGCAGUAAUCCCUCUUUCUUUCUUUCCUUGCCUAGCUUUCUUUGGUCCUGAGUUGGCACUGUAUUUGCCAUCAUGGGGCUUUGUAAAUGCCCCAAGAGGAAAGUCACCAAUCUGUUCUGUUUUGAGCACCGGGUGAACGUCUGUGAGAACUGCAUUGUUGCUAAUCAUGCUAAGGUAAAUGGGGCCACUGGAUUAAGGGUGCAGGGUUGAGACUGGGCUAGAGAGUUACCUUUUGCCAGGAGGCAAUGUAACCUUGGAAAAGGGGGAAAUGGGGAUUUUAGGUUCUCAUCUUUCUCCCUUUUCCUGCUCUUGUUAGAAACACGAAAGCAGAAUGUUGAAAAGUAUUUGCCUUUGUGAUGGGGUGUGAGAGGAACCUGCAUCAUUCAAGAUUUUGGGCUAUAACUCCCACCAGGGCAUAGCUGUCAAUUGUCCCUUAUUUGGCGGGAAACUCCCUUAUCCCAGCGCCGUGUCCAGCUGCUGUCCCUUACUGAUGAUGUCCCUUAAAUUUCCCAGGUUUCAAAGGACGCAGCUCCUCUCCCUCCCUCCCUCCCUCCCUCCCUGCCGGCCAGGGAGGAGGGAGGCUCCAACUGUGUUGCUUGGCUGCCUGGCCUGCCCCCCUCCGGCCUCCUCUCACCAGCCUCGGCCCCCGGGAGCCCCUCCGCGCCAGGACUGAGGAGCCUUGAGAGGAGAGCGAGGGCAAUCAUAGAGAAAGCGGUUCAGAGAGAGGAGGCGGAGGCGCGGGCAGGUGUUCCAAGGGCUAACCAUAGAGGAGGAAAGCGGAGGAAGGACCGCAAGCGCUUCUCCCAUAGAUUUGUAGUGGUAGAUUAGCAUAGAUACUCUGAUCUGGGUUUACUUUGGGCACUAUUCCCCCCCAAUCCUCCCGCCCCGCCUGAUGGAACUGAGAACUACAGAUGGAGCAUGAGAGAAAAGAUACAGAACUGCAGCACCAUCUUUGUAGCUUGGACUUCGUUUUGCGCGAAAAGUGGUUGCUGCUUGUAGUUAUUUAAUUGCAGUGUUUCAUCAGCUGGUGUCUUGAGCAGCAACCUCUGGAAACGAAGGGCUAAAAACCGGUGCUGCUCUCCAAAAUUAUCAGGUCCCUUUUAACUUUGUAUUUCAGCUGGUUGACUAAAAUCUCUUAUUUUGGCUGCUGAUCCUUUAUUUUCAAGGCUGCUGGUCCCUUAUUUUCAAAUCUGUACGUUGACACCUAUGCACCAGGGGCACACGGGGAUGGUGGGAGUUGUAGCUCGAGGGCCACGGCACCAUCUCCCCUUCCCUCAAUUGUUGCUCUAUGCUACCUUUUCAGAAGUGUGAUGAAGUGCCUCCUGGGCAUUGAUUUCUAUGCUGUUCAAACAUUUGAUGCAGAAGGGUGACUUUUUGUUGCCCUUAUCAUCAGACUUCAUUGGCUUUUUUUACUGGAGCUUGGAAAGUUGGUAGAGGGAAGAACAUAGAACCACCUCUGUAUCAACAGCUACUAGGGCCAAAAGAGCCAGUCCAUAUGAUCUCAGUCAGUCGUUCCGAGGUUUUUCCCCAGCUCUCCUGCCCCCUUUUAUUUUUUUAACUUUUUGUCAAUCUGUGUAAAGCUGCAGUUGUACAAAUGAUAUCACCAUAUGUGAUUUACCUGUACAUAAUAAAGAAAUAGGGUUGGUUCUGAUUCAGUUAUGUGACUGUCUCCUUCCUUCAGUUCGACAAUUUCCUAAGCACCCUCUUAGUAACACCUACUCUGCACCAAGUUCAGACCUCUCAGACACACAAAAGUAGGCUGUGUUUUCCUUUGGGGAUCUUACUAGACCUGAGCAUCUUUAGAAAUCUUUGUUAUUGUUAUCGUUAUCAUUGUUACCAAUAUCCUAAAACUCUGGUGCAACCACACAUAUCCUGAGCCUAAUUCCCUCUUGCCAAGCAUUUGCCUCUCUUUUUCUUCUUCUAGUGCAUUGUCCAGUCAUACCUGCAGUGGCUUCAGGACAGUGAUUACAAUCCCAACUGUCGGCUGUGCAAUACACUUCUCUCCACUAAAGAGACAGUCCGGCUGGUCUGCUAUGGUCAGUAAAAGUUCUCUAUGCUCUCAGGUGUGACAUCCAUCCAUGAAGCUAGGUCUAGGCUCUGCAAGCAGUAACUCUGCUAAACCUAGCAAAUCGUCUUCCUGAGGCCAUCCAGAAAAUGCCCCCUUUCCCUGGACCUUGAAAUGCCACUGCAGCAACUUUAAAGUUGGCUUCAUGCAAAUAGAGAGGCAGGAAAAUGUUGAUUGUGGAAAGAGGGUGGGGUGUUUGUGGGAGAUGCAUCCUACUCCAAGUCUGCCAGAAACCUGUAGUUGGUUAAGGCUACUGGGAGGGGGAAACUACAGUUCUCAGUAUUCUUUGUGGGAAGUCACGUGCUUUGGAUAUGCUUUUGCUGUAUGGUGUGGUUCUGCCCUAUCUGUCCCCAUGUGAAGGUUUGCCCUAACAGAUCCCCCAUCCCCAUUCCUGUAGAUCUCUUUCACUGGUCUUGCCUCAACGAGAUGGCCAACCAGCUGCCGAAGAAUACUGCCCCAGCCGGCUACCAGUGUCCCAACUGUCAGGGCCCCGUCUUUCCACCAGCCAACCUUGUCAGUCCAGUAGCAUCAGUACUGCGAGAGAAGCUGUCGAUGGUGAAUUGGGCUCGGGCUGGCCUUGGGCUCCCGCUGGUAAGAGGCAAUUCCAGCAUUUUUGGUUUUUGCUUUAUUCUAAGGAGGGCUAAUUGGAAGCAUAAGAAAAGCUGGGUUGGAUCAGGACAGUGGCCCAUCUGGUCCAGUAUCUGUCACCGAGGCCAAUAGAGCAUAGCUAUGAUUUGCCUAGAGCCUGCUGCCAGGUAGAGAAGUUCUUGCUGUUUUUAGCUUCUGGGUUUGUCUUGUGAGGAGGAAAGAAAGUGAUGCACUAGUCAGCAAAACACCCUUGAUGGGGAGGGGGAAUCUGCAGUGGGCUCCUCAUCAAGCAGAUUCCCAGAUGGCAGUUCCCUUUUUCCUUUCCCCUCUCGGGGACUGGACUAGGGAUCCAGUUCUGUGUUUCAGCAUGUGCAAACGGUUCCCACUUGGGUAAAUCCAGGGUGUUUGUAUCCUUGGACAGACAGACGUAUCCAUGGAAGUGAAGGGUCAGCUUCAGGGCAUCUCUGCAAGCUGGAAGAUGAACCUUAGCCAGGCCUGCUGCACUGAAGGCACAGAUUCCAGGGCCAGAGGACUUUCUGCACCCACCUGCGUGUUUCUUCUGCCUGCUGUGGAUUUUCCUAAUUAGCCUUACAUCUGACUUUUGCUUUCAUUCUGCUCAGAUUGAUGAAAUGGAGACAGUCCAGGAAGCGGAGCCUCACGACACCGCAGACUACACAGAUUGGUCCAGCUUCACCGGUGAGUAUUGCCAGAGUAGGAGGAGCCAGGCACCAUGACAGCUGUUCUGUCUCUUGGCUGCUGGUCCCACCCCUCUCACCCCCUCUGGCAGGGUCUCCUGGCAUGAUAACACAACUCCUUUUCUCUGGAGGCUUUGUGAGCGCAGAGCAUUCAAGGUGCCCCACUCAGGGAGACAACUGUGUUUAGGAACUAACUGGGGAGGGGGCUGCAUUUCGCAAUUCCAUUCCCAUUGGGAGAUUUCCUACCCCUCUCUCCCAUGAGCACUGCAAACAGGAAAGUUGGGGAGGGGGGUUACCCUCAUAGCAGCCAGAAUCUCUGUAUUUGGUGGAAAGGAAUUGCCAUGGCCUCACACUGAAGACCUUGCCCCUUGAGGGAAGGGGCGUGGCCCUGGUGACCCUGGGUCUCUGGCCUAAACUUGUGAAGAAGUGUCUCAAGCGCAUGAACCAAGCCUUGCCUCAGUGACCUCUCCUCUCUUUCUCGCCCCAUAUCCAGUCCUCAACUCAGAGGAGGCUGUGCAGCAGAGCCCCCAUUCGGCCUUCUCUUACAGUCCAAGCGCAAGCUUCCCCUCCUCCCAACAACAGCAAAGCAUGAACAACGGGGCAGUGCAGGAGCAUCAGCACACGGUCAUCAGCAUGAAUGCUUUGUCCAAUGACCCCGUCACCAUUAACGCAGGUAGGCACACAGGUGGGGGGCCUUUCAUCCAGGGAAGGGUGCCUGGGGGGGGGGGACAAUACUAUCUCCCCCAUGAUGGAACGUGGGCUGAGGAAGAGAAUGGGACCUCAUGCCUUUUUGCUUUCUGCCUUGCUGCUUGUGGCCCAUUCCUCUCAGAUGUGAAGCUGGCAAAUGAAAUGAAAUUGGCAAAUGGGGCAAAUUGGAUUGUGGGAAGCAGGGAAAGGAGAGUUCUCCCAUCCUACUGAUGCUGCCAGUUGGUGGGCAGAUAUUUAAGAUGGACAAAAGGAAGAACUUUGUACAGAACAGACCACACAUAGUUGGAUACACACCCGCCUUCUUCAGGGGUCUCCCUGCUGCUGCUCUUUUGUUGAGCUUCUCCUUGUCUCCUUGGGAGUCAGGAGGGCAACCUCACCCCAGUAGCGCCCCUUGAUCAGUGGCAGGAGCCAGAGGGUGCUGCUCUUCAGUUCUGCAGUCCCCAGGCAAGUGGCAAGUUGGAGCCAAACUGUUUUCUGGCAUGGAGGGCAACACAAGCAACAAGGAGGAGAGCGAUGCCCAUGCCUGGCAUGCAGGAGGUCCAUGGCAUAUCAGGGUUUGUAAAGUGGGUUAGGCCUUUUUCGUGGGGGUGGGUGGCCUUUUCCAACCCAUUUUCUCUAUGCUGUUAUCCGCUCCUUUUCUGGCAGCCUCCUCGCCACGGAAAGUGUAUGACACCCGGGAAGGCGGGGGCAGCAGGGCUUCCGAGGCUCACGUGGACUUUGACGAAGACAAGUAUCGGCGGCGGCCAGCGCUUGGCUGGCUUGCCCAGCUGCUCAAGUAAGUUUGGAAGAAGCUGCAGCCAUUCAGAGUGGGGCUGGCCAGAGACACGGGGGCCUCCUGUUCCCAUGGGGCUGAUGUGGAAUGUGGAAGGCUUCUAUACAGGCUGGCAUGAGAAUGGUAGAGACCCCAGAUACAGGAAGAGUCUGGGCUUAUACUGAAGGAAGGCCGGGAAGCCUAAGUCCCAGUAGGGAGGGGCAGGAAGCUGGGCUGUGGUGUGUAUGCAAAUGUGGGCACAUACACACUCCUCUUUUUGUUUGUUUCUACCUUCAGAGAAGUACUGCCUUCACAUUUUCAAACACAUCAUUUGGGCUAUGAUGUUGUGCAGGAAGCCAAAUUGAGCCUCAUAGACUGAGCUCUGUUUAGCCUUGAUUCCAAAUAUUUCUCUCUGUCUCAUCAUCCCUGUUCUGAAUUGACUCCUCCUUGUAAAGUGGAGAGGGCUGAAAUCCACCUAGCAGGCUGGGAGGCACAAGGUCUGUCUCUCGCCCCAAACUUUCCAAGCUUCCCUCCUUUACCUUUUUAUUUGAGCUUAUAAAAUGUUUAAAUCGAAAUAUGUUCAACCUUCCAAUUGCUUUCCCCCCACCUUGGAUUGUGCCACUGAAAGCAGGCACUUACUUCUUUAGCCUACUUAUUAAGGAACUCCUUUCAGAAAAUGCCUUGUUCCUUACUAUACUGUCCCUAAGGCUUUCUUCCUCAGCUGUGUCCUCACAGCAGCUCAGCUAAUGUCUAGAAGGAGCUCACAGUUCACCAGUUUGGAUUUCGCCUCUUCCCUGCUUGGAAGGAGCUCUUGCUAACACUUUCUCUCCUUCCUCUUGCUGUCAGGAACCGCUUCAGCUCUAGGAAGCAGCCCCGCUCCAUGAUGCAGAGGUUCGUCAUCCUCCUCCUAAUUGGUGGAAUUGGUUUCCUCACCCUUGUCAUCAUCAUGAUGAAGGUGGGACGGGCCUCUGCCGACCACGACCCCAACUUGGACCCCAAGUUCAACCCACACAUCCGGGUUGGGCAGGAGUGAGUGGGGGGGGCAGCCUCUUCCCUGCUGGGCUCCCUUCUCUGUUCUGGGCUCCCCUGCCCGCUGCUGGAGAAAGUUGGACUGAGGAGAGUCCUAGAAUAGCUCUUUGGUUGCGAUCUCAGCCCCUCCCAGGAAGAAGCAGGUGACCACGGCCACUCCUGACAGCUUGGACAAAGAGACUCUGGUGAUGGAGUCGCCCUCUUCCUUCUGUCUUCUGCAAACUCAAGCUGGAGCUGGGAACUCUUUUUGCAUUUUUGGGGGGCCCCAGAGAGCACCCCACCCCUUUCCUGCUGCAUCCAAAUGCCGGGAUGGUCACAGGCGGGAGAGGCUCGCUUUUCCUGGGCCUCUCCCCAUGACACUACAGAGAGGAAUAACAGUUCAGUGGUCUGCAUCUACUUUUUCUGACUACCACUCAAUGGAGUACCCCCAGUCUUCCUCCGUUCACUGAUGUGAAAUGACAGCUGCUGAGUCAGCAGAGGAGCUCUCUCGCUCCCCCCCCCGUCACACACACACACACACACCAACCCCCAAAGUUUCAUUGGCUUUCUUUUUACCGAAGUGAAAAGCCCAACCUCUUCGCUCAGCUUUUACUAGCAGCUGAGAUACUCUCUUUUGUUUUUCUCAGCUUUGAUGUUCAUAAAGGAACUAUGGAAACCAAGCACUCCCCACGCACCCCUGCUCCCUCCCAGUGCUCUGUAACAGUGUUGGUAAAAGAGUGGGACCAAGUGGGGGUGGGGAGGAGUUUCCUCCCUUUGCCCAAUUUGGGGUGGGAGGGGGUUUUAGUAAUAGGCUUCUGCUGCUUCAGACCCGCCUCGGUCCUUUGCUGUGGGCUACCUGAAUUCCAUGAACAUAGGGAAGCCCUACUUGGAUCUCCUUUUGGUCCUGGCAGGGCUGCUGCGUGGGGGCCCAAGCACUUUACCUAAGGCAGUUGUUUUUCCAGCACAAGGGUCUGCACCAUCCCCAAUAGCUUUCCUUAGCACAGCUGUAGCCCCAAGGAGCAGGUGCCUGCUUCUUGCACAGCCCAUCUUUGCCCUGCCAAGUGUGCACCUCUCAACAGGGCGUUUGCAGCUGGGGAGAACACUAGGGAGGAGGGAGCAGAAUCCCCCUUACCACAAUACUCUGGCAGUAAUGGAGACAUGGAUAAAUGGCUCAUUGUCAGCUCAGCAGAACGCUGAAAUAGCAGAAAUCUAACUGAAAGCUGGCAGCACAAGUGGGGUUUGUUUUUCCUGCUUUAACAGUGCAGUGGCUGGGAUCGUGGGUUCCAUGUUAAGUUUACUGUGGCAGAUGUGAUGCCUGUGUACCAUUAUAUAAAGGACUGAGUUGGCCUUGCAAUCCCAAGCACCAUCUCUCUCUGCUCAUCCACCCCCCAGAUCUCAUGCUGCAAGGCUGGUAGCAGCUGGGUGAUCCUCAGACCCUGCUCUUCAACUGAGAGGUGCUGGCCCCAUUCAUAGCAGUUUGGAAAGGGAGUGGGGCACACAAGCCUUCCCAUGAUCCCUUGCAGCAAGGAAAGGUUAUUUGGAGGUGUCUGACUGGCAUUGCCCCAGCAACGUGACUGUGUGGCUCACUGACCACCUCAAUUCUCUCUUGGUGAAAAUACAAGACUUUAUUACACCUGAAGCAAUAGACCUGUUUGUUUGUUGGUGUUCCAUUAAACUCUCUUGGUUAACCCGAAA